AAAAACAAACUACACACUUUCCUUCUUUUCUCUCCUUUUAAGACUCAAAAUUGAGCUGUUAUACUUUCUCUUAUUGCUCCAUCAUAGAUUCUCUUCACCCCAUUUAAGUCAAAGAAAAAAGUGUAGAAGGAAUAUUUUUUAAAAUUUUUUUUUAGGAAAAAAAAAAGUAGGUAUGAAAUGGCUUAUGGCAUAUAUUCCUCCAACAUAACCCCACUAAUGUUUCCUGAUAUGAAGUGAGAUCAUAGAGCAUAAAAAAUUCACAACUUAUAAAGAGAAACUUACUAUAUCUUUCAUAUAUUGAUGCAAAUCUAAAAACAUGCAGAAUCAAAGUAUGCAUUUUGUUCUAUCCACUGAUGCAAAACCAAGGCUCAAAUGGACUCCUGAACUUCACCAAAGAUUCAUUGAUGCAAUUAAUCAACUUGGAGGUGCAGAUAAAGCAACACCAAAGAGUAUUAUGAGGGUGAUGGAAAUUCCAGGACUUACUUUGUACCAUCUCAAGAGCCAUUUACAGAAAUAUAGACUUGGGAAAAGCCAACAACUAGAAACCUGCUCUGACAACAAAAAACAAGUAUACACAGAAACCAUGAGCUGGGAUGAACAAUGCAGCAGAGAAAUCGGUCAAGGGGACCAUAAUCAAAUCACUGAAAACAUGGAGAUAUCUCAUGCUCUAGAAAUGCAAAUGGAAGUAGAAAGGAAACUUAAUGAACAAAUUGAGGUGCAGAAACAUUUGCAGCUUCGAAUUGACGCUCAAGGAAAAUAUUUACAAUCGGUACUAAUGAAGGCGCAGGAAGCCCUCUCUGGAUACAAUUCUUCACCAAUUGGGAUAAAACUCACAAAAGAUGAACUCUCUCAAUUGGUUACUAUGAUCAACAAUGCUUGUCCAAGUUCUCCAAUCUCAGAUCUAACAGAAUCAAGAGGGUUAAGUUUAAACUACGAGGAGAGGAAACAUGAAAAUGGAACUUCUUUGUGUUCAUUGGAAAGUUCUUUGACAUCUUCUGAGAGCUCAGAGAGAAAGGAAGAGAAACAUUCAUUAGAAGAUAUAAGAGACUUCAAAAAUUCUAGUGCUAUUUCACUUGAAUUGCCACUAAUGGCCAUGCACUCAGAAGAGAAAUCAUUGUCGUGUCCAAUGUCUGUGUCUGUGCUUCGUAGCGAUGAUUCAAGUAAUGAAGCUAAUGGGAGAAAGAGAAAUGAAGAAACUAAAUUUGAUGGUAGCUAUGUUGAGAAUGAUUCAUUAAGGAAAAGAUGUGGCAACAAGUUGAAGAAAGCUAAGUUGUCAGAAAAGUUUGACUUGAAUAGACAAUGUCAGAAUGACAUGGAAUCAACAAGUUCAAAAAUGCUAUUAGACUUAAAUUGCAGUUUAAACUUUUGUGAACCAUGAAGAUGGUUUAUAUAAUUUAUAGAUCAAAUUACAUGAAAGUAUGUAGCACAAUAUCAUAAUCAUAAAAGAAAAAAUUUCAUAUAGUUUGUACUAUAUUUUAUUAA